UUGGGGUUACUUGUGUUUUCCCCAUUGACUUGGCAAAGACAAGGUUGCAGAACCAGAGACAAGGCCAGCAGGUGUACAAGAGCAUGAUGGACUGCCUUGUCAAGACAGUUCGAUCAGAAGGCUACUUUGGAAUGUACAGAGACUGGGUCCCCCUGGGAUAUUGAAGGCUAGCCGAUAAGGCGCAGCCACGCUGGAGGCAAAUCAUUAAAUGGUUCUUACAAUAUUGCUCUAUUUAAAACUAGGCAUUUUUGUUUUGCCAUCUGUUUGUUCUGUAAUUUGACUUUCUGUCAAUAACUACUAGACUGUCUCUUCACUUUCUUGACUGUCUCUUCACUUUCUUGCCAUUGUGUUGUGAAUCCUCAUUUUGACUGUGCAUUGUAUUGUGUCCGUUCAGGCUUUGGUUGAUCUUAAAAGCUGUAUCUGUGGUGAACUGAUGACAUGUUUUUUUUUUUUUUUAGCAGCACAGUCUCACAAAUGAGCCUUAACUUUUACCAAAGCCAAUGUACACAGUCAAGUAUUCAUUCUGUCUUUAAACUCUUGUCACCUCUUUUGUCUGUUGUCAUUAACCUACUCAAAUGUAUCGUCAGACGCGUUUCCUUCUUUUAAGUCUGCUCCAUAAGGAGUGAUCUCUGUCGUCACACUCACUUUCUGUACCUCAGACUUGUUCGUGUCCUGUCACAAUAUUUGUCCCACCCUGAUUCUCGUUGUCUUUUUGUAUAAUUUCUUGUUUCACAUUUCUCUUCUGAAACUCAUCCUAAUGUAAUUUUUCUAUAGUUAUACUGUACUCCGUUGUUACUACUUUGUACUGAGUAUUUGUUUUGUCUUUUUGUAGAUUAGCUAUAACUUUUACUUGUCAUUACAUUCAGAUGUUAUGAUAGAGUUGGGGACUGUUAUUGUACGUAAGAACUUAAAUGUGACAUUGUUGCUAACUGUUUGUUUGUUUUUUCCUUCAGGUGCUGCUGUAAAUCUGACCCUGGUCACCCCUGAGAAGGCCAUCAAGCUAGCUGCAAAUGACUUCUUCCGCCAUCACCUUUCUAACACUGGAAAGGGGCUGACUGUGUUCAAAGAAAUGCUGGCAGGUUGUGCUGCAGGCAUGUGUCAGGUGGUUAUCACAACUCCCAUGGAAAUGCUCAAGAUACAGCUGCAGGACGCUGGCAGACUGGCGGCACAACAACAAAAAACAGUCGUCAUGACCUCCACGAAGCUUGUGGCUACAAACGCGGUGCUCAGCCGCUCCUACAACUCUGGCAUAGUGGUUUCAGCACCUCGAGCUGUGUCCGCCACACAAAUUGCAAAGGAGCUGGUCCAAACCCAGGGCGUUAAGGGGCUUUACAGAGGACUGGGAGCAACACUGAUGAGGGAUGUUCCCUUCUCUAUUGUCUACUUCCCACUUUUUGCAAACUUGAACAACCUGGGCAAACCAAGCCCAGAAGAAUCCUCACCCUUCUACUGGGCCUUCCUCUCUGGCUGCAUUGCAGGCUCUACUGCUGCCGUGGCCGUUAACCCCUGUGACGUUGUGAAGACCAGACUGCAGUCUCUAAACAAGGGAUGCAACGAGGAGACUUACAAUGGAGUUGUGGAUUGUAUAAGUAAAAUAAUGAGGAAGGAGGGACCCUCUGCCUUCCUGAAAGGAGCAGGCUGCCGGGCUCUCGUCAUUGCCCCGCUGUUCGGUAUUGCACAGGUUAUGUACUUUGUUGGAGUGGGAGAGUACAUUCUGGAUAACUCUCCCCUGCGGAUGCUCUCAGCAUGAGACUGUAUCAUUUUGCUCAGGACAUUUGUAGAUGAUGAAACAACUGGCAGCUAAAGACGAAGAUGACACAUCUUUUCUGACCAAGCCAGAAAAACACACUUAAAGAUAUUAGAUAACAUUUUCUCUAUGGUCUGACAGCUGUGUUGCACUAAAACACUUUUGUGACAUUCAUUAAGUCGUGGCCAAUGUUUGCACUUGAAGCUGUUGGCCUUACUGGGUUAUGGGAAGUCCAAUAUUAGUGGGCCUAUCCCUAGACAGUUGUUUUCAGUUUCCCUCUAUGAGGGAAGGGGGCUCAGUCCAUCAGGGACUUUCUGUCCUUGCUUCCAUUCUGUCAGUUUUGACAUUCUGAGCUACUUUUUAUUGUUUUGCAGUUUUAUAUUUCCAAUGACUGUCCCAUGGUUUAACACUUAAAUGGGAACGUAUCUCAAUUUACACAUUUAUAUUGAAAGGGGACAUUUAUUAAUGUGGACCUUGAGUGCAUGUGGUUGACAAUGAGCCUUCCUACUAACAUUGGUCCAUACGGUUCACUAAACCAUAAGUGGUGUCCUGUUAAAUACUUGACAAUAGAACCUAUAGUUUAGUAUUUUGUUAACAGCAGUUUUUGUAUCUUACAAUGUGCUUAAUCAUGAUGUGAUGGUGCAUAUUAUAUAAAUAUGUAUGUGUCUGUCCUUGGAACUUUCAGUUUAUAUACGUGUUGUGAAUCUAUUUAUGCCUUAUCAGCAUAUUAGCAUUUGUCUGUGAAUAAACACUCAAAGCAUUUAUUAGUGGAACUGUGAGCUUCUGAAAAAUGACUGUUGUACUUUGUUACAGCCUUUGUACGUGUGUGUGUAUAUUAAACCUUAUAAAGCA